GCGAGGCGGCCGCAGGAGCGCAGAGCUGCAGGAAGGGAAGACUGAAAUGAGCGCCAAAGCCAACGUCGAGGCUCCGCCGCCCUCUUCGCCCGACCGUGCCCCCGCGACCUCGCCUUCCUCUUCGCCUGCCGAGGCCAUGGCCAACGAGGCUCGGACUCAGCCGGCCGCCACCACGGCCCUGCUCCUACCUGCGCCGCCUCCAGGCCAUCAAAAAGUGGAGCUGACCACACCCACCGUGGUGGCAACAGACCUGAAUAGAGGAGGCAGGGCCAGCGAGGCGGCCACGCCCACUUUGUCAGCACAGGUGGGUGGGGCUUGCAGCAUCGUUCACGUGCUGGAAUGGAAGGAGGGCGUGGCCAUCUUGCCCGGAAGCAACCUGAAGUUCUGUGUGAGCGAAGUGGGCGCAUUGAGCACGCUGAUCACUCCGGGGACCCCCAGCAUGGCCAGUGAAGCUCCAGCAGGGACCUCCAGUCCGUGCAGCAAAGCAGACAAGUCCACCGUGGACCAGCCUGGUGCUGCUCCAGCGGGCUCGGUGAGAAGUGCGGAGGCCGAGAAGCCACCUGAGGUCCAGGCGGAGCUCCAGCACAAGAAGAGCUUUUACAGCGAGGAGCUUCACAGGGAGAGGAGCGUGGGCGUGGAGAAGGUCCCGGCGGGAGGGAGGGUCUCCUUGAACCUUGAGCAGAUGAAGCCCAUGAGGAAGAGGAAGAGGAAGGAGUACAUGAGUCCUUCUGAUGAAGACUCCGACAUGGAGGAUGACAAAAUGGAAGAUUCCAGAGCAGACAGCAGACACAUCAGAGCAGUUGGAGACAUGAAGGCAGAGCAGUGGACCUGGACACAAUAUCUCCAAGAAACCAAGUCCAUCGCCGCUCCAGACCACCUUUUCCACGAGAGCCAGAGAGCUCCUGCAGUGAAGAAGGCCUUCAAGCAGGGCAUGAAGCUGGAGGGCAUCGACCCUCAGCACCCGUCCAUGUACUUUGUUCUCACCGUGGCCGAGGUGUGCGGCCACCGUCUGCGCCUUCACUUCGACGGCUACUCUGACUGCCAUGACUUCUGGGUCAACGCCAACUCGCCCGACGUGCACCCAGUGGGAUGGUGUGAGCGCACGGGCCACAAACUGCACACGCCCAAAGGUUGUAAAGAGGAGGAGUUUACCUGGGCAAACUACCUGAAGAUGACCAAAGCACAAGUGGCUCCUGAAGAACUCUUUGCCAGUCCUGGCAGGACGGACGUGCAGUGCGGCUUCCAGGUGGGCAUGAAACUGGAGGCCGUGGACCGCAUGAACCCUUCGCUCAUCUGCGUGGCCACCGUCACCGACGCCGUAGACCGCCGCUUCCUGGUCCACUUUGACAACUGGGACGACACCUACGACUACUGGUCAGCAAGUCCAAACAAUAUUUCAUGGUGUGAUGCAAGCAGUCCGUACAUUCACCCCAUUGGUUGGUGCCAGGAGAAGAGUCUUCCCCUCACCCCACCUCAAGCAGACUAUCCUGACCAGGCAGACUUCUCCUGGUCGCGCUACCUGACUGAGAUGGGCUCCAAGGCGGUGGCACCCGAGGCUUUCCAAACGCGUCCUGCACACAACUUCCUGCCUCACAUGAAACUGGAGGCUGUGGACAAGAGAAGUCCUGGUCUCAUCAGAGUGGCCACAGUGGAGGAAGUGGAGACUCACCGCAUCAAGAUCCACUAUGACGGCUGGAGUCACGUGUAUGACGAGUGGAUGGACUCGGACCACCCCGACAUCCACCCGGCAGGCUGGUGCGAGGCCACCGCUCACCCCCUCAAGGCCCCCCCGCACGAUGCCAAAACACAUCAGACCCACGAUGUGGCCAUGAUGGCUGUCCAGUCCGCCUACCCUGCACCAGUUCCCUGCAAGGUCGUCAGUCACAGCAGGAGCAGCAAGUACAGUUUCCACAACAGGAAGUGUCCGACUCCCGGCUGCGACGGCUCGGGUCACGCGACGGGGCGCUUCACGGCCCACCACUGCGUGUCGGGCUGCCCGCUGGCCGAGCGCAACCAGAGCAGGCUGAAAGCCGAGCUGUCGGACUCGGAGAGCAAGAGGAGCUUCUUCUUUGCGCAGAAGAACAAGAAGACCUCACAUUUCCGUGGCAGGAUCGGUCGCCCCCCCAAAUACAGAAAGAACCAGCAGAGAGACUUUCUCAACAUGUCCUACACGUCAUCAGUGAGUGGUCCAUCAGAGCGUGCAGUCUCUCUGUGCUGGGAGCAACACUGCAAACUACUUCCUGGAGUGGAGGGCAUUGUAGCCAAUCAGGUGGCAGCGUGGAGCGUGGAGGAGGUCUUCACUUUCGUGCAGAAUCUAAUCGGCUGUGAGGACCAGGCUCGUCUCUUCAAAGAAGAGAUGAUUGACGGCGAGGCCUUCCUGCUGCUAACGCAGACGGACAUCGUGAAGAUCAUGAGCAUCAAGCUAGGCCCCGCCCUCAAGAUCUCCAACGCCAUCCUCAUGUUCAAGAGCGCAGACGAAGCUCCCAAAUGAAGGUUCCUGUGCCUAACCGUACUUCCUGUUCCUCGCCAAGAGAGGGCCACGGACAAAAGUAUCGGGACGCCUUCUAAAACACCCGUGUGGGACGCCAUGUCAGAAAAGGGUUUGAUAAUACAUGCAGCUUGGAGACAAUGUUUUUGUAAAAGUCCAACAAAUACUUCCAAAAAAAAAUUGGAGAAUUGCAAAAAAAGAAAACAAGACUUAGUGCAGUAGAUUUAGUGUUUAGUGCAAUAAUUCAUUCUAAUGCCUUUCAACAAAUAUGUGGAAACACUAGCAGAGCAUUUUGUGCCAAAAUUUAAUGUACAGAAAAUGAAAUAAUGCUCAUCUAUUUAUGAUCCCGUUAGCAUACAAUUGUGAAGACUAAUCUUAAACAAAUAGCUAUUAUCCUGUAAUGAGCUAUGUCACGACAUCAUUCCAUUGGAAGUUUUCUAAUCAAACAAUGAGGUUUACAAGAAUUAUUCAACAUCAUCUCACACAAUUUAUUGGACAAUUGUUAUGCGUUUAAAUUGAUUAAUUAGUCUUUGAAUAAUCUAUUUUGGUUAUUACAAUUGAAUAUAUUUUUUCGUUUUUUUAUUUUUUAUUUAUUUUUGUAAUUCUGAAAGGUUUAAAUUGAUCAGAAAACAGUUAGGUUUAAUAUAAAUAUUUAAGAUUAUAUUUCACAAUUUAUUGGACAAUUUUUAUGCAUUUAAAUUGAUUAAUUAGUCUUUAAAUAAUCUAUUUUGGUUAUUAUAAUUUAAAAUAUAUUUUUUCCAUUUUUAUUUUAAUAAUUUAUUUGGGUGAUUCUGAAAUGUUUAGAAAACAAGUUUAAUAUAAAUAUUUAAGAUUAUCUUUCACAAUUUAUUGGACAAUUGUUAUGCGUUUAAAUGGAUUCAUUAGUCUUUGAAUAAUCUAUUUUGGUUAUUAUAAUUUUUAAAAAUUGUUUUCAUUUUUAUUUUAAUAAUUUAUUUGGGUAAUUCUAAAAUAUUUAAAUUGUUUAGAAAACAAGUUAGGUUUAAUAUAAAAAUUUAAGAUGAUAUUUCACAAUUUAAAAAAAAAAGAUCCUUUACUUCAAAUAAUUAAACCAAUAAUUAGGUUUAAUAUAAAUAUUUAAGAUUAUACUUCACAAUUUAAUGGACAGUUUAACCAAUGAUUUUUUUGUUCAAUAGAUUUUUUAGUUUAUAAUCUAUUCUGGUUAUUUUUUAUAUGUUUAAAUUAAUCCGAAAACAGUAAAAUUCAAAAUAAAUAUUUGAGAUUAUUUUUCACAAUUAAAAAAAACAAAACUAAAUUAUUUCAAAUGUAAAUAUGUUUACAUUGGUCCUAAAAUAAUUAGGUCCAAUAAAAAUAUUUAAGAGGAUAUUUCACAAUUGAAAAAAAAACAAAUUAUUUCAAAUGUAAAUAUCCAUCCAUCCAUCCCAUCCAUUUUCUAUGUUGGUCAUAACAUAAUUAGGUUCAAUAUAAAUGUUUAAGAUUAUACUUCACAAUUUAAAGGCCUACUGAACCCCACUACUACCGACCACACAGUCUGAUAGUUUAUAUAUCAAUGAUGAAAUCUUAACAUUGCAACACAUGCCAAUACGGCCGGGUUAACUUAUAAAGUGCAAUUUUAAAUUUCCCGCUAAACUUCCGGUUGAAAACGUCUUUGGAUGAUGACGUAUGCGCGUGACGUAACCAGUGAAACGCAAGUAUCGGUACACCAUUGAAUACAAUACAAAAUAGCUCUGUUUUCAUCUCAUAAUUCCACAGUAUUCUGGACGUCUGUGUUGGUGAAUCUUUUGCAAUUUGUUUAAUGAACAAUGAAGACUGCAAAGAAGAAAGUUGUAGGUGGGAUCGGUGUAUUAGCGGCGGACUACAGCAACACAACCAGGAAGACUUUGACUCGGAUAUCAGACGCGCUAGCCGACGCUUGCCACCGACCGCACGGAUGAUCGUGGUGAAGUCUUUCGUCCUUCCGUCGAUCGCUGGAACGCAGGUGAGCACGGGUGUUGAUGAGCAGAUGAGAGCUGGCUGGCGUAGGUGGAGCGCUAAUGUUUUUAUCAUAGCUCUGUGAGGUCCCGUUGCUAAGUUAGCUUCAAUGGCGUCGUUCGCAACAGCAUUUUUAAGCUUCGCCAAGCUGGAAAGCCUUAACCGUGUAUUUACAUGUUCAUGGUUUAAUAGUAUUGUUGAUUUCCUGUCUAUCCUUCCAGUCAGGGGUUUAUGUAUUUUGUUUCUAUCUGCAUUUGAGCCCGAUGCUAUCACGUUAGCUCCGUAGCUAAGUUAGCUUCAAUGGCGUCGUUAGCAACAGCAUUUUUAAGCUUCGCCAAGCUGGAAAUUAUUAACCGUGUAUUUACAUGUCCACGGUUUAAUAGUAUUGUUGAUCUUCUGUCUAUCCUUCCAGUCAGUGGUUUAUUUAUUUUGUUUCUAUCUGCAUUUGAGCCUGAUGCUAUCACGUUAGCUCAGUAGCUAAAGAGCUUCGUCGAUAAAUUGUCGUGGAGAUAAAAGUCACUGUGAAUGUCCAUUUCGCGUUCUCGACUCUCAUUUUCAAGAGGAUAUAGUAUCCGAGGUGGUUUAAAAUACAAAUACGUGAUCCACAAUAGAAAAAGGAGAGAGUGUGGAAUCCAAUGAGCCAGCUUGUACCUAAGUUACGGUCAGAGCGAAAAAAGAUAUGUCUUGCACUGCAUUCUAGUCCUUCACUCUAAUGUUCCUCAUCCACGAAUCUUUCAUCCUCUCUCAAAUUAAUGGGGUAAUCGUCGCUUUCUCGGUCCGAAUCUCUCUCGCUGCUGGUGUAAACAAUAGGAAAAUAUGAGCAGUCCUUCCUCCGGUGUCGUCACGCUACUUCCGGUAGGGGCAAGGCUUUUUUUUUAUCAGAGACCAAAAGUUGAGAACUUUAUCGUCGUCGUUCUAUACUAAAUCCUUUCAGCAAAAAUAUGGCAAUAUCGCGAAAUGAUCAAGUAUGACACAUAGAAUGGAUCUGCUAUCCCCGUUUAAAUUUAAAAAAUUCAUUUCAGUAGGCCUUUAAAGGGAAACUUGACCAAUGAUUUCACUUUUGAAUAUGAUUACAUUGGUCAUGAAAUAAAUCUGUUCAACAUAAAUAUUUUAAGAUUAUAUUUCACAAUUUAAUAAAUUAUUAGGCAAUUGUUCACAUCGAAAAUCAUACAUUUGUGUUAUUGUGUAUUUUUCUGAAUGAUUCCACACUCCAGACUAAUUAACAGCGUUUCUUCAUUUGAACUUUGUUGGUCCUGCAGCACUUUUUGUACGCAACACGCUGAUUUGUGGACACGCACAACAACUACAAUGACAACAACAACUACUACAAUAGAACAACAAUGACAAUGAGCACAAUUGUGACAAUGACAGCAACAACGACAAUAAAAAUAACAAUGACACUGAGAACAAUAACAACAAUGAUAAUGAGAAGAAUGACAAUGAGAAUUAUAACAACAAUGACAAUAAGAACAAUGAGAAUGAGAAGAAUGACAAUGAUGACACAGAACAAUGAUAAUGAGAAGAAUGACAACAAUAACAUUGACACUGUGAACAAUAAUAACAAUGACAAUGAGAAGAAUGACAACAAUAACAAUGACACUGAGAAUAAGAAUAACAAUGACAAUGAGAAGAAUGACGACAAUAACAAUGACAAUGAGAAGAAUGACAAAUAUAACAAUGAGAAAAAUGAUGACAAUGAGAAGAAUUACAACAAUGUGAAGAAUGACAAUGACACUGAGAAAAACAACAAUGAGAAGAAUGACAAAUAUAACAACAAUGAGAAUGAGAAGAAUGACAAUGACACAGAACUAUGAUGACAAUGAGAAGAAUGACAAUGACACAGAACUAUGAUGACAAUGAGAAGAAUGACAACAAUGACAAUGAGAAGAAUGACGACAAUAACAAUGACACUAAGAACAAUAAUAACAAUGACAAUGAGAAUGAUGACAAUGACACUGAGAAGAAGACUGACAAUGAGAAGAAUGACAAAUAUAUCAAAAAUGACAAUGAGAAGAAUGACAAUGACACUGAGAACAACAACAACAAUGAGAAGAAUGACAAAUAUAACAACAAUGACUUAAUUCCUGGAGCACAAGUGUGAAGUCCAACAUGGAGAAUGUGAAGUGACUAAAAAGUAUUUGUGUGUUUUACAAGACUUUGUUGUGUUCUGUUUUUUACACCUUAUGUCACUGUGUGUGUGUGUGUGUGUGUGUGUGUGUGUGUGUGUGUGUGUGUGUGUGUGUGUGUGUGUGUGUGUGUGUGUGUGUGUGUGUGUGUGUGUGUGUGUGUGUGUGUGUGUGUGUGUGUGUGUGUGUGUGUGUGUGUGUGUGUGUGUGUGUGUGUGUGUGUGUGUGUGUGUGUGUGUGUGAGAGAGAGAGAGAUAAGAUAAUGGUGAAUCAUUGCAAUAAACAUC